GUGUGUAUCUGCAUCGAUCGCUACAUGGCCGUGGUCAACCCAGUGAUUUUCUCCAGAUACCGAGACAACAUGGCCCGAAUCGCCAUUUCUGUCGUGGUCUGGAUUCUGAUAAUUCCCUACAGCCUGACAAAAUCGAUCCUUGGAAUCAUGAGCGUGGCGGACGUCUUCGGCGGGGUCAUCCUCUUUGCAUUUGCGGUUAUGGUCUUCUGCAACAUCUCUGUCAUCUGGGUUCUCCGUCACUCCGUGGCAGGAAAGGAGGUGAUGCAUCCAGUGAAGAAGAAAGCCUUGAAGAUGGUGCUGAAAAACCUGGCCAUCAUCGUGGUCAACUAUCUGACUCCUGUGGCCACCAUGCCCUUCGUGUCAGCUUACACCAAUAUUGAGUACCGUUGUUUCAUCGGCAUCAUCGUGUUCUCCAUCAUGGAUCUGAGCUGCGUCAUCGAGCCCCUCCUCUACAUCACAAAGAUGGAGAAGCUGAAUGUUAUGUGCUGCAGGGUGGGCUCUACAGAAAGCUUGAACAACAAGGCUCCGUCUGUGUCGGGAGAGAAAAAAACCCUCCAUCUGAGCCCUGCACUUUACACAGAGCGGUGCGUUCACUAG